UCGGUCGUGGCAGCCUGCUGGCCAUAAACAGCGUCAGAGGAAUAAUGCCCAGGGGCGUGGAUUGAGGAACACGGCUGCUGCCGUGGGAGAAGCCGCGGUUGCUGUAGGUGCUGAGUCCCCAUGCCCCCGUGAGCAGAUGGACUGCUCCAGCUGCCUCCCCCCCCCGCGGUCACACGGUCGGGCCCGGGCGGUGGGUGCGGGCCGGGGGCGCGGCUGGGGCUGAGUGGGGCAGGGGACGAGGGAAGCCGGUACCGGUACCGGCACCGCGACGGGGAGCGGAGCCGAACGUCGGGAGAGGAGAACCGAAACGCCGGAGCGAAGGGGCCGGAACAACGGGAGAGGGACCUGCGGACCUGCCGCUGCGCUCCUCCCGGGGGCAGCCCUCGCCAUGAACUGCCGAGCAGAGGUGCUGGAGGUGUCGGUGGAGGGCCGGCAGGUGGAGGAGGCCAUGCUGGCCGUGCUGCACACCGUCCUGCUGCACCGCAGCACCGGCAAGUUCCACUACAAGAAGGAGGGCACCUACUCCAUUGGCACCGUGGGCACCCAGGACGUGGACUGCGACUUCAUCGACUUCGCCUACGUCCGCGUCUCCUCCGAGGAGCUGGACCGAGCCCUCCGCAAGGCUGUUGGGGAGUUCAAGGACGCUCUGCGCGGCUCAGGCAGCGACGGCAUGGGGCAGAUCUCUUUGGAGUUCUACCAGAAGAAGAAGUCUCGUUGGCCCUUCUCGGAUGAGUGCAUCCCCUGGGAGCUGUGGACCGUCAAAGUGAACGUGGUGAACUUGGCCAACGAGCAGGAGAGGCAGAUCUGCCGCGAGAAGGUGGGCGAGAAGCUCUGCGAGAAGAUCAUCAACAUCGUGGAGGUGAUGAACCGCCACGAGUACCUGCCCAAGAUGCCCACCCAGUCCGAGGUGGACAACGUCUUUGACACCAGCCUGAAGGAUGUGCAACCCUACCUCUACAAGAUCUCCUACCAGAUCACAGACUCCCUGGGCACCUCGGUCACCACCACCAUGCGCCGGCUCAUCAAGGACACGCUGGCGCUGUAGAGCCGGCUGCUGAGCCGGGCAGGCUGGCACCUCUCUGGCAUAGCUUUUGGCUCUUUGGGGCAGUGGCUUUGUUUGGAUCUUUUCCCUCUCCGCCUCCAGAAGGCCUCUGUGAAGAGCUGGACUCAGCCUGGCCUUUAAUUGAGGGUUGAAGCUGGGUUGGGUUGCCCUGUGGGCGCUCAACCGUCCGGGAGAACUGGCUCCAGCCAGUCCUUGAGGUGGGAGCUGUUGGUUGGCACUGGGUUGGCAGCCUGGGAAGCAGUGUGGAAUGGGAAAGGCAUGCAAAGCCUUGGCCCUUGGCACCCCGGCGGUGGCACCCUGGUGCCUGGCACUGAGCUGCUCUGGAGAUGAACUGUGGGGCACGAAUAAAGGAUUUCUCCUCCCUC